AUGGGCACACAGGCCGGGAGCCCCAGGAUGCUCGCGCUGCUCCUCGGAGUCAUCAUCCCCGUCUUGAGCACAUUCUCUGGGCAUAGCAAGUCAAAGGACACCCCCUACCAGCCAUCGUGCCAGCCAGGUUAUUACUGUCCAGAGGGAGGUGUUGGGGCUCUUCCAUGCCCCAGGGGUACUUUUGGAGCUGAACAGGGGGCCACCUCGGUAGAGCGAUGCGUGAGCUGCCCGCCUCACCACUACGCCCCCCGAGAGGGCAUGAGUGUAUGUGUGCCGUGUGGUGCAGGGGCACACCAACCCUCGUCUGGACAGGACAGGUGUGUGUGUCAGUGGGAGGAACAGACCUUCCAGCCCAGCGAUGGCCAGUGUGUGUGUAUGCUAGGCUUUGAGAUGAGCGGAGAGGGGGGUGUGUGUGUGCAGAAGGUGUACGAUCUAUGCAGAGACGGAUUUACACGGACGCAACAUGGAGACUGCAUGAACACGCACAUGUGGAGGAAACACUGCACCCAGCUGGUGUGUGAGACGCCAGAGGAUUACCUGGAUUACGAGGCCUCGUUGGGGGUGUGUGAGUGUGCAGGGCGGGCGGAGAGGCAGGGCGUGUGCGGAGAAUGGUGUCGGCAGCGGAGGCACGCACCGCCACUCAACCUCCGCUGCUCCGGAGGUCACCGAGUACUCAUCUACAAAGGCAGACAGGUGAGAAGGAUGGAGGCUGGGUUCUUUGGCCUGUUUAGUGCUGUUCCCCCGGAGGUGGCCACUGUGUUGCUGGAUGACACCGGAGGCCCACACAACAACUCAGAGUCGCUGGACACACACACACACGCCGGCACACACACACCGCACCUCGGGAGUCAGCCAGUUCACACAGAGUCUAUGGGAGAGCUUCUGUGGUCCGGAGGGGGUCCUCGCGUGUGGAGGCGGCAGAGCAACAGCAGCAGUCUGGGGGUGCUGAACCCCACCACCUGCCUACAGCUAGGAGACAUCCUCCUCUUCACCGUCACCAAGGACCACUACCCACGCUACGACAUAGAUAGCCUGUUCAACACUAAUGCUGGAUUUGACUGGGGGUCGUUGCGGAAGCUUGCUCAGGACCUGAAUGGGAGUGGCCCCAGCAUAGGCCCCUCCCUCUUCGCCAUGCGCUUCAGCGAGCCAGGCGUCUAUGUCUUCACCUUGCACAACAACCCACACAAACACAUGUAUGUGAAAGUGAUGCCAGCUGGUGGGCAGUGCUACGAGUCUGGCCCCUUUUUUCCCGCCACCUCUCAACACCUCACCCGAAUGGGCGUUGCUAAGCAAGGGCACCUGCUACUGCGUCCUGAUUGGGCACUGAUCGGGGGGCUAAUGGCCGGGGCAUGCUUGCUGCUCGGCCUGUGCAUCGCUCUACUGGUGCUGUUCCGUGAGUACGGCUGGCCAGAGAAGGUGGGCUCUCCGGCCCCCUACCGGCUCCAGCAGCUGCGCUACCGCAUGGACGACUACUCCUCCAAGGGCUCCCGCAUCCUGGCCCUGCAGAAGAAACACCGCAGCCUACAUAUCGCACUCACACAGACCUCCAUGGGGAAAGAUGAGUUCUGGGACUAUGAGGAGCAGGUUGAUCUGGAGGCCUUCAGUACCAGCACCUUCUACGACAUCAUGCUGAAACACAGCGUCUCAGUGACCGCACGCCUAGCACAGCUCCGAGGAGAGGUGAAGGAGCUGUACCAGGGCGUGGUGUGUAAGGUGCAAGGCCUGACUCUGAUAAGUGGCUCUGUGGAAGGCCGUGGGAUGAUGGCUAUGGACGGCAGCAUGGGACAAAAAGAGCCUGUGUGCAGUGGAGAAAGCCGCAUGCAGCGGGAGGUGGAGAGGGAGGUGGCGAGGCGGCGCGCCCUGGCCGAGCGUCUGUGCCAGCUGCUGGAUGCCCAGCUGCGUACUCUACGGCAGGAACUGCAGUGCCAGCAGCACACCCACCGCACUCUCAGGGCACAGCUGCGCAGCUGCCUCAGGAUGCUGGCACAGGCCACAGACAGCCCACAGCCACUCAGUGUACUGCAGUGUGUGUCGGUGGUGGCAGAGGAGCUGUGUGAGGUGGUGUCGGGGGAGUGCCAGAGGCAGGGCGCGUGGGCGGUGCUUAAAGAGGGCACCGGGGCCCGCCUACUCUGCCCACACACAGGCUCCACCCUCUCCAGGGAUGACAUCAUUGCCCCUGAUGGUAGUGUGCGAGCGAGCGCUGCGGUGCACGUAGACUCGGUCACAGGGCUGAUUGUGCCUAACCCUGGCGUCCACAUGCUGCUCUCCAACGGCCACACCAUGGCGGCGCCCCCAGACUUCUUCCUGCACCCCCACACCGCCCGACUGCUGCCCGCCGCGGGCAACGUUGCCUUUGACACCCACACCUCCACCCUCGUCUUCACGGCCGACGCAUACCUGGGGGAUGUUGGAAAGUGUGAAGGCCCUCUGCUACCGUACGUCCCGUACCCAUCCACCCGUCCUGGGGAGCCCGUGUCAGGCUGUGGCCUACGAGGGCUCCGACCCGGCCAGAGGCUUGUCCUGGGGGGCCCCAUGUGUGACCGGGACACGGGGGUGCUGGUUCCCAUCCUAGGCGUGACCAUACACCCGCACACGGGGCUAGUGUACCCGCUGGGGGGUGUCCACACGUGCCCCAUCACCCGCUUGCAUCAGCCCAUACAGCUGGGCGGGCCCAUGCUGGACCCCCGCACUGGCAGCAUGGCUCUCAUCACCGGGGUCACCCUGUACCCCACCACAGUUUCCGUCCUGCCAGUAGGUGGCGUGCUGCUGGGUGAGUCCUUCAUCGAGCCCUUGAGCGGGCGCAUGGUGCGAGUCGGUGGUGCCAGCAUGCGUGGCGGUAAACUGGUGCCCCAUGCGGGGGGCUUCCAGGCCCUACUGGAGGCUCAGGCUCUGGCGGCAGGCCUGCGAGCCGUGCAGCUGCUCCAGGGCGUGUGCGAGGGCCAGGGAGGAGGUCCUCGGGGCCUGCAGAGGGAGGUGGGUCGCCUCAGGGAGGCUGCCGGGCAGCUGGAGCAGGCCUGGAGGUGCAGCCUGCACUGCGGCCUGCAGCUCUGCGCUCGACUGGAGGCCACGCAUGCCUGGGCGCUCGGCGUCGCUCGAGACGGGGGCAGCCUCGGGGAGAUUCAGCUGCCUGGCUCGGACCAGAGUUUGCCAGCGCUGCCAGGCCUGGAGUACCCUGACCCAGGGGGUUCUGGUCUCAGCGUGCCCGUCUUAGGGGCCCAACUGGACUGGCACACGGGACGCAUGGUGCCCCUGGCAGGAACCAUGGAGGAUGCAGAGGGGAAAGGGCUCGUCCCCAUUCGUCUGGGUGCCCAGACGGUGGACCCUGUGACUGGGACUCUGUCUGCAGUGGUGGGGGUCCGCUUGGAUGCUGUCAAGAAGGCCGUGGUACCCCUCACCAUAUCACACUACAUGAGCCGAGCAGACAACACGGACACUGUGCAGCUGGAGGUCCUGCAGAAGGAGGUGUGUGUGCGGAUGUGCUACUGGCGCCAGCAGAGACAUAAGGAGGAGGAGCUACUGGGAGACCUGGAGGCGACCCUCAGACACCUACUGUCUGACCAUACGCAGACGGUGCAGUGGGCGGAGUGUGAGCAUCAGCUGCGUGAGGUGGUGCAGGAGCUGCAGGAGUCUGCUCAGACAGAGACGCAGAGGAGGCACACACACACCAGCGACACACUCACACACCUGCUGCCCCCACACACACUCAGCAUCCUCACUAAGGUGGAUGAGGAGGAGUGGGAGCAGCAGUGUGUGUGGCAGAGGGAGCUGGUGAGUGGCCUGAACAGGAUCAGCGUGUGUGUGCAGAGGAUGCAGCAGGAGCAGCAGGAGGACAAGGCUCAUCACCACACACACCCAACGGCUGGGCUGGAGAGGCGGAGGGAUGUGUGGGAGCAGCUGAGUGUUCUUCAGUCUCAACUGGAGUCGGCCUUCAUCACCCUGCUGUGUGGACGAGAACUGGCACAGAUACGCGCAGAGACCGCCCAGGCUAUGCUGGCAGGUUCGUUCUGGUACAGUGAUCUGGGUGUGAGUGCGGUGCGUGCCCCUCCCAACCCCCUGAGGGCGCUAGCGCUGACCCAGAUGAAGAUCCUGCCACACCUGGAGAGACUGCUGCAACACCUGGAGGACACACACCAACACCAACAGCAUGGCUCUGGUCUCUCCAUCAAGCAGGCACUGGGCAUAGACAGCUGCUCUCGCGAAUGGACUGCAUCUGUCUCUGUGGUAAAAGGAGUGUCAUGCCAAUCCUUGAAGGAGCAGUGUAAGGCCCGCCCACCAGACGAACAAGACUCACCAUUGGCCAAGGAGGAGAAAACUCCAACCAAUCCCAAUUCAGAGGUAGAGUGGGCUCGAGUCCUGGAGCUGUCUCCUCUCUUCCAGCUGCUGUGUGGUUUGGAGCAGCAACUCUGCAGCCGAGCCAAACAGAUUGGACUGUUCAAAGGAGAGCACACCAUUGCUGUAGACAGGGGGCGUGCCUACCUGGACUUUCUGGAUGCGCAGUGGGAGUGUGAGGGGCAGCUGGUGGCUGUUUCCCUGGAGACGCUAAACACCCGAGAGUACCUCACUUACCAACACGGCCUGUUCCUGCUUCGCACACUGCAAGCACACAAACUGGUUCCCCAGGUGACACUCCAGAUGGCUUCCAGUUUGCCUCGUAACACUUACAACCAGAACGCCUUCAGGCACUCUUUCUUCUAUCAGGUGUGUGAGAAGACGCUGUAUGUGCGGCAGCAGAGGCUCCAGUCUGUGGGCGGCUUCUCCUUGGUCCUACUGCACUGCCUGGCUCACAUCGCCUGUGGAGACAUGCACUCUGAUAACACACACACCUUCACCAGGACCUUC